UAGUCAUCAGUCAGUAGUAACAAGAAUAAUUCAGACAAAAAGAUUUAUCUAUAUAUUUAUUUAGCACAUUAACAAUGCUACCUACUGAUAUUUGACCGUAUCUACUAUAAAAUAUUCGAGGUCAGAGUUGAUUUGAUAGUUAGUAUACAAGAUAAUUGGCUUCAGUCAGACAGCAACAAAAUGAAGAGCAUUAUUGCCUUAAGUGUUCUGUUAAUUUGUUUUGUUCUAGCGGAUACAUACUCGUUUGAUACAAAAUAUAUCGAUGUUCCACUAGAUCAUUUUAGUUUCGCCACUAAUUUAACGUUCAAAUUAAAGUUUCUGGUGAAUGACACAUUUCAUGUGGACAAUGGACCGAUAUUCUUUUAUACAGGAAAUGAGGGGGACAUCGAAGUGUUUGCGCAGAAUACAGGUUUUAUGUUCGACAUUGCACCACAAUUUAAUGCUCUUCUUGUAUUCGCAGAACACAGAUACUAUGGGGUAUCUUUGCCCUUCGGAAAUCUCUCCUAUACGGCGCCCAAAUACUUGGGGUACUUAUCAUCAGGUCAGGCAUUAGCUGACUAUGUCUACCUCAUAAACUAUUUGCAAGAAACCUACGGAAGACAAAGGCAUAUGAAGAAGCUGCCUGUGAUUGCAUUUGGAGGGUCUUAUGGAGGAAUGUUAUCUGCUUGGCUGAGAAUAAAAUAUCCAGCAUCGGUCGUGGGUGCAAUAGCAGGUUCAGCGCCAAUUUGGCAAUUUAAGGGCCUGACGCCUUGUGAAAAUUUUUAUAGGAUAGUUACUAACGUUUUUGAGGGACUUGGAGGAAGAAAAUGUAGCGAGACCAUCAAAAACUCUUGGUCGGUAAUUCGUGCCCUAACAGCAAACGACGCUGGCAAAGCAAAUCUCUCUCAAUUAUGGAACCUAUGCUCAGUUCUCAAAACGGAUACUGAUAUCAAUACAAUUAUUGACUGGCUGACAAAUAUCUACAUCAAUUUGGCCAUGGUUAACUAUCCUUAUCCGACAAGCUUUUUGGUGCCCUUGCCGGGAAAUCCAGUUAGAGAAUUUUGCGGCAAAAUUAAUAGUUACGAAUAUAAAAAUAACACGGGACUUCUUAAAGCUAUUGGGCAAGCUUUGAAUGUGUAUACAAAUUAUACCAAAACCACCAAAUGUAAUGAUAUAGAGAAAACUUCUGAUAAUUUGGGGGAGAAAGGUUGGGAUUUUCAAUCUUGUACGGAGAUGGUAAUACCAAUGUGCUCCGGUGAUUUCGAUAUGUUCGAAACCAGUAAAUGGGACUUCAAGAAAGUGUCUGACAAUUGUUUCAAGGAAUUCGGUGUACGACCAAGAGACGAAGAAGUUCCAAUUCUAGAAUAUGGAGGAAAGGAGUUAGGAUCCGCAUCCAAUAUCGUAUUCAGUAAUGGUCUAUUAGACCCCUGGUCGAGUGGAGGAGUUCUUAGCAACGUUACUAGAAAACUUGUGGCUGUAGUUAUACCGGAUGGAGCUCAUCAUUUUGAUUUAAGAGCCUCUAACGAUCUAGAUACGGAAUCUGUGAGAAUGGCAAGGCAGUUUCAUGUACAUGAAAUCAGGAAAUGGUUGGACAGAUAUUAUAUUGAUAAUAUAAGCCACCAAUCAAAAUACACUCGUAAGCUGCUAUGAUCUGCAAAAUGUUUUUAAUCCAUUUUCAUUUAUGUAAAAAGGGCCAAUUACGCCAGUAUUUUAGAAACGCUAUUAUAUAUUAUAUUACUUGGUUUUUACCACCAGAAAAAUAAAUAUAUUUUAAUUCGA